GUACUGUAAGUCUGUGUACUGGUUGGAGUGUAUCAGUCUUAAUUGUAUUUUCAUUUAGAUCGUUAAGGGAUUACCUCCAAAGCCAUGAGUGGAAGUCAGUACAUCUGGAUCCUCAAUGGCAUUUCCCUCAUGCUGACAUUUCGAGUGCUGGCAGGUACUGUUCUCCAAAAUGUGGCAAUGUAUAAAAAAGCUUUCCAGUCUUCACAAAGCUCCGUCUCGGGUGCUGCUGGCGUAGCAGUUGAUGGGAACAAAGACCUGAGAAUUGAAAAGGGAUCCUGUAUCGUCACCAGUGAAGAGUCCGAUCCCUGGUGGAGGGUCGACUUGGCAAAUGUGUACAACAUCAAUGCUGUGACGAUAACCAACACAAAUAUCCAGGAAAACAGGCUGAAUGGUGCCGAAAUCUGGAUUGGAAACUCAGUAAAGACCAAUGACACCAAAAACAUCAGGUGUGCAGUCAUCUCUCACAUCCCGGCUGGACGCACAUUCUACUUCCCAUGCAGCGGUGCAGAGGGACGCUACGUCACUGUGCUUCUCCCGGGAAGCAAGAAGAUUCUAAGUGUCUGCGAAGUUGAGGUGUUCCCCACAAGCCAUGUACAUGCUUUACCCAACGUGGCACUGAAAGGAAUUGCCACCCAGUCCAGCACACAUCACUCUUUCGUUGCUGCCUCCAGAGCCAUCGACGGGAGACAGAACUCAUUCUACCGUGAUGGGUCUUGUACCCACUCAGUUACUGAGGCCAACCCCUGGUGGAGGGUGGACCUGCGACGAACACAUAUAGUCUCAUCCGUCAAAGUCACCAAUCGAGGAGACUGCUGUGCCGAGAGGCUGAAUGGAGCUGAGAUCCGAAUCGGGAACUCUCUGGAGAACAACGGAAAUGACAACUCCAGGUGUGCUACCAUCUCCAACAUCAGAGCAGGUAAAACUAACACAUACCACUGUGAUGGAGGCAGCAUGGAGGGUCGCUUUGUGAACGUGAUUAUCCCCGGAAAGGACAAGAUUCUCACCCUGUGCGAAGUGGAGGUGUAUGCAGUGGAACCUCUAGUAGACGUGGCCUUUAAGAAACCAGCACAACAGUCAUUUUCAUUUUAUUCCAAUGGGGUGGCCUCUAAUGCUGUCAGUGGGUGUAAAAGUGGAGACUUUCUUGAAGGAUGCUGUAGCCAAACUGACCUAUGGUACAAUCCCUGGUGGAGAGUAGACUUGUUAGCUGUGUACAAGGUUAGUGCUGUCUCCAUCACGGGCAGACGAGACUGUUGUGCUACAACGCUUACGGACGCACAGAUCCGGAUUGGGAACUUACGAACGGAAUAUGACUUCAAAAACCCUAAAUGUGGUGUGAUCUCACCACCAGUGGGUCCAUCAGCGCACACCUUUGACUGUGCAGGCAUGGAAGGUCGCUACGUCAAAGUGAUCAUCCCAAGAUAUUCAAAUGUGGUUCUGUGUGGGGUGGAAGUAUUUGCUUCUCUGGCAGACCCAGAAGCUCUCACUCCUUUUUCUCCACCUACCGCUCCUCCUCCUCCUCCUGCUCCUCUUCCUCCUGCCGUGAGCGUGCUGCUGGGUGGCAGGAAUGUGACGGUGGUGGGAGAGAGGCUUUGCUGGUCCGACGCUUUGUUCUUCUGUAGACGUCACUACUGGGACCUGCUCAGCCUCCGCAGCCAGGAAGAGCAGAGCGAGGUGGAGCAGCUGCUGAGCGGCAGUCCUUUCCCCCUCACAGACUACGUCUGGCUGGGGUUACGCAGAUCCUUAAUGGGCGAAAGUUGGUUCUGGAUGUCCGGCGAUUCCAUGGAAUUCACCAAAUGGCCACGAGACUUCGCCCCCCACCAUUACUCCAACCCCUGUGGCGGCAUGGCCAAAGGAGGGCUCUCCCUGUGGGAGGACCAGCCUUGUGAGGAGUCCCUAAACUUCAUCUGCCAGUCAGGUGCUGAGCAGGGAGCAGGAAGAGUGUAUUUCGACAGCACCAGCAAACCCGUAACUCCUUAGUUUAUGGGAAUCUGUAUUUUUAAGCUAGAAAUAGCUAUUGCUACUGCACUCCAUGUGUGAUAUCAACUAGUGUUUGAAUGGCACUUUGAGAUUUUGUUUUUCUGCACAAAACAUAGAUCAGUCCCAACCACCUGGAUGCACUCCAUUUCAUGCUCUUCAUAUGUGGUUUACUGUUAUUUCAUAUUAUUGCAUUCCUGCUGUGGUGUAGCUUGUGUGGUCUCUGUUAACAGUACUCGUAUUGGAUGUACUGAGUUGAUAUCACACUGAUUUAAGCCUAAUAAUUCAUACUCAUUACAAUAUCAAUACAGUAGCGCAGGGGUCUCCAACAAGUAUACCAGUAGCUUGUUACCCGUUUCUUAGUGGCUCGCUAAAGGUUCAAAGAAUACAUUUGUUAACACAAAGUCACUUUGUAAAACUGUGUAAAUUUCUUUCCAAAAUAAAAAAAAAAUAGAAUUUCUAUUCAUUCAAAUUCACAGACAUCCCGCCCCCUUCUGGCACAAAAUGAUUAUUUUCCAAUCAAUUAAACGAGUAACGCUGCUUUCAAGUUUGAUUCCAUCAGUGACGCAAUAACAUUAGGCGAGUUAGUGCUAUGAGUAACUCUCGGACACUUUCAUUUUGUCAAAUUAGCAUCUGAGAGGUGGAGACCCCUGCAGUAGUGACUAUACUAUAGUGUGAAAUUGCAUUCCUACAUAAUAUAUCCCUAUAUAUGUUUUACAUGUUUUAUCUAUCAGUAAGAUGUACAGUACACGUAGUUCCUUAGCUUAAAUUUCAUUAUCCUAUCACUUCUGCUGGUUUUUAUAAUGUGUGAAAGACCCUGGAGAUGAGAAAUGCAGAACUGAACUAUCAAUAGCAACUUUCACCACAUCAAAAGUAGUUGGAUUUGCAUUAAAACAACAGAACAUGUGAUACUGCUGCAUAUUUAUUUUGUAAUUGUGUGAUUGACCUUGAGGUAGAAAGGAAUUAAAUCAUUAAAUAUACAGGUAGUCUAUUUGUAGGCUGUAUAAAUAAAGCUGAUUGAUUCAA